GGCUGAAAAAAAAGGUUGAGAAAAGAAAGAAUGCUUGCUGUUUAGGAAAAAACAGCAAAUCAAAGGACAACAAUGGUUUUGGUUGAGUAUUAAUAUUAUUAUUCUCAAAUUGCAGUCCAAUAUUCUUAUUUUUUCAGAACAGAUAAAAUAAAAAAAGGAGAGAGAGAAUAAUGGAAUUUUUUUGAGAGUUUGUUGGAACCGUUGGAUCACACUGGUUCUGAUCUGUACUUUUGGUUGCUCAGAAGAAGCCAUGAAUGCUGUAGAUCCGGGUGUCUGAGACAACAUUCGUCGCAUUGAGUGCACUGUAUUUGAAGCUAUUUGACUUGGGAAUUUGGUGAGCCAAGUUCAGCUUCUUUCGCGGUGUGCUUUGAACUUCAAUGCUCAAGCUUGAAUUUUUCCGGUUGAAUUGGCUACCCUUUUGGCGGUGGAUGGCAGCGGCGUAAUUGGGAUCUGCUACUGGCCCAUGUUCUAGGGUUUCAGGUUGAGGUUGAGGGGUAUCUUCAAUAUUGGUUUUGAAUGCUUAUUGCAUAUGAAUGUUGAGGAAUUAGGCAUUGCGUUUUGAAUGGUACAGUUGUAUCUGUUACUGUUUUAAUAUGCCAAAUUAAGUUUUGUUUGUUUGGGAUAUGUGGGUUGUGUUGGUUGACUCAGUCACAUUGGGUAUGGACAAUGAGUAAUGAAGCCUCAGGAGAGCUCGUGGUGAAGAAAAAUGGGGUUUUGCUGAUAUUGUUGUUUGGAGAUUGAAUUUGGUCGAGUUUGAGGUGUGUGUUCAUAAUCAUUGGUUGUUGGUGAGGGUGUUGUUGAAGGUUUUUUUGACUUUGGAUUGUAUGGAGAACUUGAGGUGACACUUGUUGGACACUGCAUUGGUUUGUGAAAUGCCACCUUCCCCAGCAUUUAGAUGCUCUCCUGGUAGGGAGCCAAGACCAGACAGUCACAAGCGUGGACGUAGUCUUGAAAGCGGAUUGCUCUUAAGAGAGAAAGAUGAUGAUCUUGCAUUGUUCAGUGAAAUGCAGUCCAGAGAGAAAGAGAGUUUUUUGCUUCAGCCGUCGGAUGAAUUGGAAGACUCAUUUUCGUCAAAGUUGAGGCAUUUUUCUGAUAUCAAGCUUGGGAUAUCCAUUCCCAGUCGAGGAGAAUCCAGUGAAUUGCUUAAUGCAGAUGGUGACAAGAAUGACUAUGAUUGGUUAUUGACACCACCGGACACACCACUGUUUCCUUCAUUAGAUGAUGAACCACCAGAAAUAAAUGUUGUAAGCAGAGGAAGGCCUCGGAGUAAACCUAUUUCCAUAUCAAGAUCAUCCACGAUGGAGAGAAGUUACAAAAGCAGUAGGGGUAGUGCAAGUCCAAAUCGUUUAAGUUCAUCCCCUCGUUCUGGGAAUAAUACAUUGCAAUCGAGGGGAAGGUCUUCAUCAACACCAAAUUCUAGUCCCACACAAGUUAUACGACAAGCUACUCCAUCAAGAAGACCAUCUCCACCUCCAACUAAGCCCAUAUCACCUGCUCCUAGGUCUUCCACUCCUACUCCUCGGCGGAUCAGCACUGGCUCCAGUAGUCCUGCAGUUUCAUCAGGGAUUAGGGGAACUUCCCCUGUUAAAACAAGCCGUGGAAACUCUGCUUCACCGAAGAUAAGAGCAUGGCAAACUAAUAUUCCUGGUUUAUCUUCUGAUGCUCCUCCCAAUCUUCGCACCUCUUUGGCUGAUCGACCGGCAUCAUAUGUGAGGGGUUCAUCUCCAGCAUCCAGAAAUAGUAGGGAUUCUACUUCUAAAUUUGGUAGGCAAUCAAUGUCUCCCACUCCUUCCAGGAGCAGCAGUUAUAUUCAGAGUCAUGAUCGAGACCAAUUUAGUUCACGCAGCAAAGGUUCUGUCAUAUCUUCUGGUGAUGAUGAUCUAGACUCACUUCAGUCCAUCCCAGUGGGUAGUCUAGACCGAUUGGGUGCAAGAAGGGGUGGAUCAUUUUCUAACAGCAAAUCUCCUUCAAUUUCCAAGAAAUCAGCCAAGAUGCUGUCCCCAAGUUCUGCUCCAAAAAGAUCUUUUGAUUCUGCUAUCCGGCAAAUGGAUAGGAAAAGUCCUCAGAACAUGUUCAGGCCUCUUUUAUCAAGUGUGCCAAGUACAACCUUUUAUGCCGGAAAAGCAAAUUCUGCACAACGUUCCCUGGUAUCUAGAAACUCCUCUGUCACAACAAGCAGCAAUGCAAGCUCUGAUCAUGGUACAAGUUUUGCACCAGAUACUGAAGGGAGUGACCACAAUCAAGAUGAUGCGGCUAGUGAAAGUGAGAAGAUAUUGUACACUGAUAUUCAUGAAGAAAUAUUUUCCUUUGAUAAAGUUGAUGUAUUAAAUGCAAGCACUGGGCACGAGAUCAAUGAUGAAUCAGUUGAUGUCCUGCACAAUAAAACUGGAGGCCCUAUGAUUGCUUUAGGUCCCACUGAAUCUGAAGCUUCUAUUUAUCAUGGUAUUGACGAAGAAUUCAAUGAAAGUUUAGAAACUUCCCAUGUCAUAGGUGACAUUUCUGAAACUAGUGGUUUUGAGAAUACAGCAAUCUGUUCUAAUUGUGGUUGCCCUCUUGAGGCCACAGAUCAAACUGAAAGGAAUCUUAGACUAUGUUCAGAAUGCAGGAGGAAAACCACAUUGUUGAGACAUACCAUUCCAAAGGCAACUUUGGCAGUUUCCAAUGACAUUUUAGCGAUUUCCACAAACGUUCCUUCUGGAGAAAAACCAUCUGAUGUAACAGACCAACUAACAGUUGUGUCUCAACUGCCUCAAGAGGCUGAUGUGGGUAACAUGAGGUACCCCUUUGGUGAACCAGAUGCUGAGGAAACUCAGGAAAGUCAAACUUUUCCCGGUGAAUUUAUUGAGGACCACUCACAACAAAAUCCUCUCUCAAGUUCACCAGUGGAUAGAAGUGUGCAAAUACCUACCAAUCAGCUAGAGGUGGACCAGUCUGGGGCUGAUUACAAGCCUGAUAAUCAAUCUGGGGAUCAGCAGUCGUAUCUUUCCAAAGAUCGCUCAAAUUUGAAAGUGGACCUCUUGGAAGGCACUGGCAUUUCUGUACUACUGAAAAGGUCAAGCAGUAGCAAAGGACCUGUAAUUCAGGGCAGGACUUUUACUGCCUCAACACUAUCUUAUGAUGAUCUGUCUUUCGCAAGAAACAGCAUUAACAGUAUCAGAAGUUCAACUGGGCGUAGCAGUUAUUCCACCUCAUCAUCCGUUGAUUUCAGCUCAGCAAGACAUUCCGAUUUUCGUGUCCAAAGGCAGUCGAGUGGCAGGAAAUUGGAUGUAGACUAUGGAUAUGAUGUAAGGAUCAAACCUCCAAGCCCUGGUUCAUCUUUUUCUGGAAUGUCAAACCAUUCUUACCAUGGAUUAAGUUUUGCUACACAAGAAACUUCUUCUGGCAAUACAGAAUGUGGCAACUUGGAGGAUAUACCCCAAGAUCUCCGAGACAUGCAAGCUUCAGAAAAUGCAGUUGCAGAUGUGGUUGAUUCUUCUUCUAUGGGUUCGAUUGUUGUCAAGGAAGUUAAACUCGAAUAUUCUGAUCAUGGUAGAACAACUGAUGCUUGUAGCUCAGAAUUAGUAAGCCAGGUUACUGGUGUUCAGCCUGACAACAUUUCAGUGGCAUCAUUUCCAAAUCAUGGGAGUAGUAUUUCAAAUGAUAGUAUCGAAGACCAUCCAAAUAAUGUAAGCUGUGUCUCAAAUACAGAAACAUCAGUUAAGGAUCCAGAGUCAUCCUUUGAUGAGAAACAUGAUAUGGAGAACUCUAAUGUUGAUGGACUGAAUGCUUUGAUAACUACCAACACUUCUACAAUUCAAGAAUCAGAAAUAGAAGGGGAACACAGUUGUCAAAAUGAUACUCGUGUGGUGGAUGAUGAUCCGUCGCUGGUAUCAAAGAGCCCCAUCAAUGAAUUUCAGGAACAUUCUAUUCCAAAUUCUUCCAGUGAUUGUCUUGCAUCUUCUGUUUCAGAGCUCAAUGCCUCCGAGUUCUCCCAUGGCAUAGAGGGAUCCACAGUUACAGUGGAGUGUCAAGAUGGAGGGAACACUAGAAGCCUAACACUUGAUGAGGCAACAGAUACUAUACUAUUUUGCAGCUCUAUCAUCCAUGAUCUUGCAUAUCAGGCUGCAACGCUAGCAAUGGAAAAGGAACCCUCAGAACCAUUGGAAGGUUCUGAGCCGACAGUGACUAUAUUGGCGAAACCCAAUUCCGAUAGAAAGGAUUCUCGGAGCCGAACUUCUGGCAAGCAUGGUAUGAAACCCCAAAAGGCCAGGCCAAAGGUGGUGGAAACUGAUGUAAAAUCAAAAUCCCCUUCCAAGACUGAGAAUGAUGAAAACGUUGAUGAGUCUUUGACACGCAAUGUUGGCCUUCCUAACAAGGUAGACAGCAUGAAGCCCCCUAAUAAGCUUGAAUCAAAGUGUAAUUGCAUAAUAAUGUGAGAGUGCAAAGUUCAGAUUGCCUUUAUAAUUUGUGCCAACAUUUCUUCUCUUCUUGUUGGCAUAUAUAUACACCAGAGCAGAGCUUAGCCAAAUGCUUGCGCGUUUGUGGCUUUAGGUUUAUGGCUGUUUGGGAUAAUAGCCAAUUGCAAUAUGUUGGUUCCAAUAUAUAUUGUAAGAUAUGGCACUUUGUGUUUGACAUAAUUGUAAAGUUAUUUUUUUCCCUUCCUUUUUUGUUGGUAGGCCAUUAAUUUGAUGCAUUUGGAGGAUUUGUGCUUCUCCAGUUGCCCCAUUCUUGUUAUUUGAUUUCCAUGUCAAUCAAGUGAUCCAUCAAUGGAAGUGUGAAGUAGAACUCAUUCAUAUU